UACCCAAAACCACCCAUUGUCCAACCGUAUAAACAUAUGUAUCUCCACAAUCAUAGGCACACACUAGGUAGCUAGCUAGCUAGCUAGUAAUCCCAUGGAGGACGACCCAACCACCCGCCGCCGCCGCAGCUCCGCCCUCCACACGGCGGACCGCUGGCCGAUCACCCCUUUCAACCGCCUCUUCGCCCCAAUCUACCUACUCGCCGUCCUGGCCCUCCUCUACCGCCACGUCACCAACCUCCUCGUCCCCGCCACGUCAUCGCCGUCCUCCUUCACAACAACCCUGGCCCUCCUCGUCGCCGACCUCGUCCUCGCCUUCAUGUGGGCCACCACGCAGGUCUUCCGCAUGAACCCGAUACGACGCCGCGAGGCGGUGGAGAACCUAAACGACGUCGUCGCGGAGGAGGGCGAGCUGCCCGGGGUGGACGUGUUCAUAUGCACGGCGGAUCCGUACAAGGAGCCGCCGCUGGGGGUGGUCAACACGGCGCUGUCGGUGAUGGCGUAUGAUUAUCCGAGGGACAGGCUGGCGGUCUACGUGUCGGAUGACGGCGGGUCGGCGUUGACCUUGUUUGCGUUCGUGGAGGCGGCGAAGUUCGCGGCGCGGUGGCUGCCGUUUUGCGAGAGGAACCGGGUCGUGGAGCGGAACCCGGCGGUUUAUUUCGGGUCCAACCGGGGCCAUCCUGUCGACGGCGAAGUCGAGGAGAUUAAGACCAUGUACGAGAGCAUGAAACACAAGGUGGAACAUGUCGUCGAGGCCGGAAAAGUGGACGACCAGUUCAUCGACGGACCCAAAGAGCAGGAAGCUUUCGGCAAAUGGUCCGACAAAUUCACCAAGCACAACCAUCCCACUUUCAUCCAGGUGUUGCUGGACAGUAAAAACGACAAGGAUGUUGACGGCCACGUAAUGCCAAAUCUCAUUUACGUCUCGAGGGAGAAGAGCAGUACCUCUCAACAUCACUUCAAAGCUGGCGCCCUCAACGUUUUGCUACGCGUGUCGGCUACGAUGACGAACCAACCGAUAGUCCUAACGUUGGACUGCGACAUGUACUCCAACGACCCCGCAACACCUCGCCGUGCGAUGUGCUACUUGUGUGACCCUAAACUCGGCCCGGAAAACUCGGCGUUCGUCCAGUUCCCGCAGAAGUACCACGGGAUCAACGAGAACGACAUCUACGCCGGCGAGUUCCAGCGCUUGUUCCAGGCCAUGCCGAUGGGGGCCGACGGCUUAUGCGGCCCCCAUCACGUCGGGACCGGAUGCUUCUUCCGCCGGCGGGCUUUCUUCGGCAGCCCGUCGAGCCCGGUGGCGCCGGAGAUCCCGGAGGUGGGGCCCGACCACGUAGUGGGCGGGUCGGUUCGGUCUGGUUCGGUGUUGGAGCUGGCGCAUAGGGUUGCUGAGUGCGGCUACGAGAAUCAAACCAGUUGGGGUUCUAAGAUUGGAUAUAGGUAUGGUUCGUUGGUUGAAGACUACUACACGGGCUACCGUUUACACUGUGAAGGAUGGAAGUCGGUGUUCUGUUGCCCACAGCGGCCUGCGUUCUUGGGUGAUGCACCGAUCUCGUUGGCGGACAUGUUGAAUCAGCAGAAAAGAUGGGAUAUUGGGCUGCUCGAAGUUGCGUUUUCGAGAUUCAGCACCCUCACCUACGGCGUUAGGUCGUCAGCUGGGUUUCUUAUGGGCUUUGGAUAUUGUCAGAACGCAUUCUGGCCGAGCUGGUCCAUCCCUGUAAUCGUUUACUCUUUCCUCCCCCAGCUUGCCCUUCUCAAUGGACUCCACAUCUUCCCAAAGGCAACGGAACCAUGGUUCUGGCUGUACCCGUUCCUCUUCCUAGGCGCCUACGCACAAGACAUGCUGGACUUCCUCCUCGUCGGCGGGACGUUCCAAAGGUGGUGGAGCGACCAGCGAAUCUGGCUGCUCCGCGGGCUGACGUGUCACCUGUUCGCCGCCGUCGAGUACUUCCUCAAGUACUUCCUGGGAAUCGCCGCCGGGUUCAACGUGACCAGCAAAGUGAUCGACGAGGAACAGAGCAAAAGGUACGACCGGGGCACCUUCGAGUUCGGGGUCCACUCGCCGAUGUUCGUGCCCCCCACGGCGGCCGCGCUGAUCAGCCUGCUGGCGCUCGUCCAGGGCCUCGCCGCCCAGGCGAUGAGUCGCGGCGGAGGCGGUUGGAGGGACGCGCCGCUGCUGCAGCUGUUCGUGGCCGGGUUCGGGGUGGUGAACGGGUGGCCGAUCUAUGAGGCGGUGGGUUGGAGGAGUGAUGGCGGGAGGAUGCCGCUUCGAGUGUCGGCGGUGAUGACGAACGCGCCGCUGGUGCUGACGCUGGACUGCGACAUGUUCUCGACCAAUCCGAGGACUCCCCUCCACGUGCUGUGCUACUACUUCUCCCCGCCGGCGGCGGGGAGGAAGUACGGAUUCGUUCAGUUCCCGCAGCGGUUUCGGGGGGUCAACAAACACGACAUUUACGGGGACUCGCCAAUUAGCUUUGCGGAUGUUUUGAUCCAGCAGAGCCGUUGGUCCGUUGGGGCUUUUGAGCUGUCCAUGUCCAAGAAAAGCCCAUUAUUCAUGGGCAUCAGGAAGCUCGGAUGGUUGAUGGGCCUGGGCUAUUGUCAUUUUUCGUUCUGGCCCAUUUGGUCACUUCCCAUCACAACCUAUGCUUUCCUCCCGCAGCUUGCUCUUCUCAAUGGAGUCUCCGUCUUCCCUAAGGUAUCGGACCCCUGGUUCCUGCUCUACACCUUCCUCUUCCUCGGCUCAUACCUCCAGGACAUGCUGGAAUUCACAACCGUAAGCAACAGCACCUUCCGCAGGUGGUGGAACGAGCAGAGGAUAUGGACAGUCAGAGGACUGUCCUGUUUCCUCUUCGGAGGCUUCGACUUCGUCCUCAAGUCCCUCGGCGUUUCCACCAAGGGUUUCAGCCUGACCAGCAAGGUCGUGGACGAGGAACAGAGGCAGAGGUACGAGAAAGGGAUGUUCGAAUUCGGCGUGUCUUCUCCCAUCUUCUUGCCCAUGGCGAUGGCGGCUCUGAUCAACUUGGUCUCCUUCGGGUUCGGAUUGGGUCGAGUUUUGACAGGAGGUUGGUGGAAUGUGGAAGGGUUGGUGUUGCAAAUUGUGCUGUCGGGUUUUGGUGUUCUGAACAGUGUCCCGAUUUAUGAAGCUAUGGUGGUGAGGAGAGAUCCGGGGAAGUUUCCGGCGAGAGGUAGUUUUGCUGCCGUCGUUGUGUCGGUUGUUCUCUGUUCUCUGGCUUCUGUGAUGUUCUCUUUUUAGAGUCUUUAAGUUGUGGAUUAAUGGAGAUUGUCAUCUGGAUUGGAUUGUGGGGGAAUUCAUGUAAUGUAAGGAGAUAUUGUUUGGUUUGCAGGAAUUGUGAUCUUAGAUCCCACGUUGUAAUUUGGUGAAUGAACGAGAUAGAAUGUAUUGUAAAUUACAAAAGUAAACAGAACAUAAUGUCGAAAAAUAUGUAUUCUGGAUAUUAGAGGGUGUUGAUUAUGUGCUUGCUAAAUAAACGGCGAAAUGAUUUUUUUCUU